AUGGAUGGGAACCUGAUCACAAGUGGUUUCAUUUGUACAAUAUAUCCACUUAAUUAUUUGCUUUGGUGCCAUCUUUUGAGUGCCCGCAAAAUGGAGGAAGUAAGCAAGAGAAAUGGUGUCGUUAACAAGGGUCCUCAACAAAUGAGUGCAUCUUUGAAAGAACGCUUGAAGCGAUGUGGCAGAUAUUAUUCUUCACCGAUGACCACAAAGAUGCCAAAACUUGACACUGGAUUUCUCCCUUCACCAGAUUCUACAUCAUCACCAUCAUCUCUAAACUUGAAUUGCAGCACCCCAACUAUCAACAGGCCUUUUUAUGAAACUCCGCCCAAUUCAAUUCUGACUCCUUCGUCUAGUGAAGACCAUCGAAAUUCUAGUUUUGAUGACUCUGCAUCGCUUUCUUGUACCCCGGUUUUGAAAGCCAAAGAUCUCCAAGGUUCACACCCAAGAGUAAAGAGGUUGCGUUUAAGUUCUCAUACUUGCUUUAAUGCAAAACUCUUAUCUGGGGAUAUUCCUGAUAGCAUGCAAGAAGAGGGUGAUGGAAAUCUUCCCCAACAAGAAACUCUGUCAUUAAAUACUCCUCUUUUGGAAGAAAGCACUUUACAGAUAAGUGCAUGUGGAGAUGGAGAAUGUGAGAACAUCAAAAGUCCCGAGAAGCAUCAAUUGCCUCUUGUGUCGGGUGUGUGUUCGCUGUCAGGAGACAAUGUCCCAAAUGAUGAGAUUUCUGCAGAGGUUAUUCCAGAGAAUUUGACUUGUGAAGAAUUGGUUGCAAAAAAGCUUCAGCUGCAAAAACAGCUGAAAGACAAAGAGGAAUGUUUGCGAAAACUUAGGAUGGUGAAGUUGUACAGGUCAAAGAAUGACCUUUCUAAUUUGGAUGAUUUGAUUAUAAAAUGGCGAGAAGUGAGUCAACAGGUUUUGCUAGAUCUUCAUCAAAAAUUGCCCGAGCCAAAACCCUCUCUCUCUGUGUUGACUUCAAUGUUCACUUUAUAUCUAUCUAUCUAUCUAUCUAUCUAUCUAUCUAUCUAUCUAUAUAUAUAUAUAUAG